UUCCUCGCCGUAAACAUAACUAGUCACAACAUCGCGGCACAGAGCGGAACCGACCGCCGACAAUCAGUUAACCAGUUAAUCAGAUUCAACCAGUUGAGAGCGAACCGAAGCUGGGAACAGGAGCAAGUUUCUCUAGACGAGCAAAAGGCCAACGGGGGCAAAGUGAACGUGCGACUUGUUUGGCGGUCUUUUAUUUUUAUUUCUCGCGUUUUUCUUGCUGCCUUUGUUGUUGUUGUUGCUGGCAAGACCAGAAAUUCAUUGUCAACACUGCCCUCGCAUUCCAAGCCAAAAUGCCGCGCAUGCCAAUGAACGCAGUGGCAGCGACGCCGCAGCUGCUGCUGCUGCUGAUGCUGCUGGCGAUGUCGGCGACGCAAUCAUUCGCCCGAUCGGCCAGGACAACUCUUGCCCCGGAUGUGAUUUCAGAAGAAGAGACAACAUAUGCGGGCGCCUUCGAAGCUAACACGGUUACCAUUGCCGUAGACUCGGAUGUCAUACUGACAACUGAGGACGGCAUGCAGGCGUUCACACAACUUUCGGACUACGGGCAUACCACUACGGAGGAGCCAUUGCCGGAUUCUGUGCUGCAGCAGCUGGCACGGGAGCGGGCCGAGCGGGAGCAAAACUCUACGACUAAUGCAACGACAACAGCCGAAGAGCCCAAUUUGGCGGAGAAAUUAAUAUCCAAUAACAAGACAUUAACUAAAUCGGCAAUAACAACACAAAAGACAAAGGUAAGCCCAACAGGAAUCAAAACAACAACAGAAAAUGCAACAGAAGACACAAUAGCGACAGCAAACACUGAGCAGCUUGUUGGCCGCAGCGAAUUAAGCCACAGUGCCAUAGUCCAAAAGAUGAACACUGCACAGAACACAGAUGAUUUGCUUAUGGAAGAAGUGAGGCAGCAGGCCUACAUAGAAAGGGCCUUAUCGCCAGAUCUAGCCCUCUUAUUAACUACAGAAAAGACUGCCAUGCUAGCCGAGGAACCCGCAACAGACGAUGUCGAGGAGAUCACCAGUCUACCGCUAAUGCAAGUGGAUCUCAAUACCAGUGGACCCCUUCCAUUUGAGGCCAUGUCAGCGGGUACUGACUCGAUGCGUCUGGAGCAAACUACAUGGAUGGAAAACCCAGCAGAGCUAAUGGGAUCCACCACAGAGGCAGAUACGCUGAUUUUUAUGACAACGACCCAGCAAGCACCAGACGAUGAUCCACAGCUGGAGACAGUCACUAAGGAGGUUAAAUACCAUAGAAACGAGAAUCUACUCAGUGGUAUGAAUUCGGAUAUUGUUACUCAACAUGUUCAAAUGCAGCCAGAAUUAGAACUAAGCGCCACCGCAGAGCCACAGAUAGAGGUCACUACAGCCACUGUAGCGACGGAGAGCAACACCAUCGCCACUACUGAAUCAGUGCCUGACACUACAAUUGCACCGCCCAAAGAGCAGUCCAUGCUGACAGUCAUUAUCAGAAGCACAACGACGGAAGCACCGGAAACCACAACAGAUUUACCAACCAGCAGCAGCACCAGCAGCCCCUCCACAACCAGCACCACCACAAGCACAACCACCAGUAGCCCCAGCACCCCCACCAGUUCAUCCACCAGCAGCCCCAGCAGCACCACCACAAGCAGCACAACUAGCAGUGCCACCAGCAUCCCGACUACCACUAUCCCGAUCACCAGCAGCACGACCACAAGCAGCACCACUAGCAGCACAACUAGCAGCACCACCAGUAUCCCGACCACCAGCACCCCGACCACCACCAGCACGACCAUAAGCAGCACCUCAACAAGCAGCACCACCAGUAUCCCGACCACCAGCAUCCCGAGCACCACCAGCACGACCAUAAACAGCACCUCAACACUCAGCACCACCAGCACGACCAUAAGCAGCACCUCAACCAGCAGCACCACCAGUAUCCCGACCACCAGCACCCCAACCACCAACGGCACCACCCUGAGCACCCUCACCACCAGCAGCACCACCACAGAAGAAAUUCCGAUUACAACCACCGAGCCGAAAGCUCAGGCAACACGUGCGCCACGCAUCGAACGCAUCUUCAACUCGGAUGGCGUCGAGGUGCUUUAUGGUUACUCAUCGGUGGUGCGCACGAACCGCUCCUAAAGGCGGACCACACGCAAAUUACCAAAAAUUACCUUGUGAAGGUCAACUGCCAUACUAAAUCACAAAAAUAUUUAAAUACAUUUUCGAGCACAACAAAAGUAUCGCGGUGGAUUUUCCAAAUUCUAAACGAGCUAAAUCAUAAAUUAUAUUGUGAUAAACGAAAAGAAAGAGGAUGAAAACAAUACAAAAAAUAUGUUGUGCAAAUUAAUGUGUGGCUAAAGAAACGAUUUUAUAAAUUAUAAAUA